GCCUCACCUCCCCCUUCCCCUCCCCUCUUCGCUAUGCGCAUGCGCCCGGUUGCGCGGGUAAAACGGGUCGGUAACGGCUCGGCGCUGGGACGCGGAGCCGGUGGGAGUUGUGAGGAGGCAGCAGUAGCGCGACAAUGAAACACCACCGUACAUAUUCCAGUAAAAUGGGGGAGACAGAUAAUGAGGGAACAGCAAGAAAACGUACCAGCAAAAAAAAGGGAACGGAUGGAGAAAGAAGAAAACAAGCUCAAAAAAGAAAGGGAGUCACUCAGACAGUCAAAAGGAAAAAUAAGGAAGAUGAGGAUUAUUCCCCUGCAGGUGAAAGAGGUUAUUCAAAAAAAGUGAAACUAACCAGUGCUAAAACAGAAUCUUGGCAGACUCUCUCAGAGAGCAGCAGGAUGUUUCUGGAAACUGUAAUGGACUCGGGAAUACUAUCUAUUUUGUGCCAACAAAGUGGGGGAAAAGGAGAUGUUCAGAAACACCUAAACCUCUUGAAAGAGAGGAUGCUGGGACUUUUCAAGACCUUAAAGGUGCCUCCAGGGAAGCUGGGUGACCUGAAGAAUGUCCUGAGCCUUCACUUGGCAGAAAAACAAAUGCUUGAGACAAAUGAAAAGACUUUGAUACAACUGCAGGAAGAAAUAACUGAAGCCGAGCAAUCAGCAGAACACAUGGAAGAAACUAUAAUGAGACUGCAGAACAAAAUCCAGGCGCUCAAGAAACAGUUAGAGGAAGAUGAAAAAAAGGCCCAGAAGGUGUUCCAGGAAGGUGGCACUGGGGCACUCCACCUUCCAGAACUCCCCAAGCGCAGUUUACAGGCACCCACUUUGCAGGAAGAAAUUUUGAAGAUAAAAAAUCAGAAGGGUCUUUUAAAGGAUAUGAAUACUAUUCAGCAGUCAGCUGAUAUGAAGAACAUGUUAACCCUCAUUGAAAAGAUAUAUGAGAAGGUGGACUUCCUUUGAGAGAUCAAAAUGUAUGGAGUCUCCUUUGAAGCAAGAUGAUGUAUGCCAGUGCACUCACUCUAUGUUAAUGUAGAGCAGUGGGAUGCGGAUCACAGAAAUGGCGCUUUGUUCCUAAUGGCUUUAGUGUUUUGACUGCUGAAUAUAAAUCUGUAUCUGCAUUCUGGGACUCUAAUAAUAUAAGUGAUCAAUAAUCAAUACUGAUCAAGAAACUUUAUUUUUUUUGACCUGUGAUGGCUUCUAACGUUGAUAUAUCCUGUGUUAGGAGAAGGGAGGGAGGUCGAAUUUGUGUUUAUUUUGGUAUUUUUAUAUAGCAAGGUAACCAAUUUUAUUUUGACUUUUAUAUUGCAUCUGUAAAUUGGUGAAAGCAGUACCUCUUAAACUAACAUUUAUUUUGGAGUUAAAUCCUCUUUAAACCUGAAGCAUGUAAUAAAAAUAUGUUUAUCUAGUGCUCAGUUGCAAAUCUCCUUUUCACCUCUCUUCAAUAAAAAAAAAAAAAAA